ACAUAUGAUUAAUAAUUUAUCAUAUAAGAUAUAUUUAUUUUAAUUAAAAAAAUGGCACUUCCUUGCGUAAAUUCCUGGCUACGCCACUGCUCUCACAUCCCCGUCACCGACCUCAGCCGACUCCUACCCGGCGAGGAAGACGGCCGGGAAGAGCUCGAGAACCUCAAAACAGCUCUCACCUCCUGGAGUUGCUUCCAGCUGAUUGGACAUGGCAUCCCAAGUGAACUCCUGGACGAAGUGCAUGCAGCAGCCAAACAGUUCUUCCGGCUCCCGCCGGAAGAAAAACAUAUGUGCUUCCGACCGGAAGACGACAUAGAAGGAUACGGCAACGACCCGAUCCUCUCCGACAAACAGAUCCUCGACUGUAGCGACUCUCUGUUGCUAAAGCUCGUCCCGGAGGACACCAGGAAGCUCCAUCUCUGGCCCACCAACCCCACCCAGUUCAGGGAAGUGGUGAGCGGAUACUCCGACGAGCUGAAGCGGAUCGUGGAGGCACUGAUGAAGGCGAUGGCGAGGUGUGUCGGUCUUGAAGAGGACUGUUUCGUGAAGCAGUAUGGAGGCAAAGAGAUGAUGAUGUCACGGUUCAACCACUACCCGGUUUGUCCCUGGCCCGACGUGGUUCUCGGGGUCAAAUUAGCUCAUUCGCACGGGUUGGGUGUAACGGUUCUACUGCAAGACGAUAAUGGUGGUAUGGAGUGCCCAUCAUUUCCCACGCACUUGUUGUAAACGUUGGCGACCAAAUGCAGGUAUAUACUUCCGUGAAUCACAAUCCUCGAUUAUUGUUUGUUACUAAAUUGAUAUUAAGAGUUAUGUUUAGAGAAUUAGACUUAUGCAGUAUACCCAUUAGAGACUAAAAUGCAUACAGUACUAUAUUUCAAAGUUGGAUUGAUUUAUGGUCUAGAUAAACUUCACUUCAAUAGGAAUAUGAGUAUCGCAUCAUGCAGUAGUACGAUCGCCUGACCCGUAAUUGAUUGGUGAAAUUGAUUGAAUGAAUCUAUAAUUUUUUA